UGAACGAUUUUGCCUGCCACCUGAUGGCAAAGUUACAUACAAAGAUGCAACAGAUACUGAAGUUGACGAAGAAAUAUUCAGUGACCUCCUUAGACAAGGCAAUGUGUUACUGACAGUUUUCUGCUAUGAUGAGUUCUCAGAAUGGUCAUCUGCUUCUGAGUCUGACUCGAGCUUCAACUCAAAUGCAUCAACAUCAACAAUACUAAUGGGUGAGAUACCACGCACGAAGCAAAAAACUGAGAAUCCUAAUAACUCAGUGUCUGCUAAGAGUCUGGUUGAAGGUGUCCUACAAAGCAAGUCUGGUGGUGAAGAAAUUCUGCAGGAGUAUGAAACUACAGAAACCCUAACUGAUGCCACAAAAAGACAAAUGGUGAACAUACUGGUGGCUGACAUGAUUGAUAAACAUGGGCACCUCCCCACUAAAGCAAUCAGAGAGAAGUAUGCCUUUGGAAUAGUGACACUCUUCCCAUCCCUCAAGGAUCCAUACACCAAAAAGGGCUAUGUAAAUCAAGACUUCAGUCUUCUAUUCAAUGAUGAAACCUCAUCCAGACUGCUGCAGAAGUGGGAUGUGUUCUUCAAACCAAAUGUCAUCAAGGAGGCUAAGCGUUUCACUUCUACACCUGAGUUGAGAAGUUUGGUGCAGUCAGCGGAAAGUCUUCAAAGUGAUGACCUCGCUAACACAUCUAGCUAUGACCAAGAAAUGGCCUCGCUGUUACUUCUCUUACAUCUCCUUCCACCGCAACCAGGAGGACAGAAGUCUCCAAAAAUCAGUGCAAGUGAUGCAGUUGAGAGACUUGUUGUCUUUCAUAAGUCAUGCUGCAGUUUAGAGGAGCAUCUCCGGGGUCAACGGGGUCUGCAGCCAUACUUCCUUGCUGUUGGGCGUCAGAAGAGCAAGAUUGACAGCUUCUACAUCGUCAUGGAUAAGUGCCUCAUCCCAUGCCAGACAAACGGUUCUCUUGGAGCAUUUGAUGAGCUAUUCAAAGCACAUUUUGUGUUUAAUGUCUCUUAUGAUGCUGCAUUGAUGAAUUUCUACACAUUUCUGCAGACAACAGUGUAUAACAUUGACGUGGGGAAAAUUAAGGAAUCGCCCAGAGUUAGGGACGUGAGAGCAAGGCUGCUAAACCAGUGCCUUGUGCUCUCUUGUGAGUAA